CUUGUUCUUCGUGACCUCGUAUCCUGCCGAAGUCGCGUCGCUUUGAUACUUUGAAGAUAGACAUUUCUCAGCUCAACGAGAUGCAAAUGUGCAGAAGCUGGGCUCAAGAAUGCCCAUAUAGCGCGCAAGAUCUCUGCCGUGUAGACUAAAGCGACCACCUUCAGCCUAGACUCGAAUGUCCGGCUUGUCUAUUCUCUCCCGCCUCAAAUCCUUAUUAUGCACCCGCGGGUUCUGGCUUUUUUUUUUUGGUCGUAAGGUUCCUAUUGGAUGCGAGGAAGCGAAUCUUGCUUUUGUCCAAGCGGAGUCUUCUAGGGAUCACAGGAGUAUGGAGGGAGAGUUUUGCUAUACCCAGCACUUUGUUCACAUCGUUUGUUUCUUGUUUUGCUUUCACAAUCGAUCUGCUUUCUGCAUCGCGAACAACCUAUGCUCAUUGACGCAUCAUCAUGUUAAUGUGAGACAAGACACAAGAUAACAAUAGACUCACAAUGAAUAGGGUUGGGCUUAUAUAUUCGAGACCAUAAGGGACC